CCCCGCGCCCCGGAGGCAUGGGGCGGGCGGCCACGGCCGCCUAAGAUGCCGGCCAUGCGGGGACUCCUGGCGCCGCAGAACACCUUCCUGGACACCAUCGCCACGCGCUUCGACGGCACGCACGCCGUCUCUCCGAAAGGUUCGGAGUCAACACUACCCCAGGCCAGGCAAAACGGCCAGAAGUGUCCGGGUUUGGGCCCAGGAUGCAGUCUGUUCGCUAGGGCGUGAACCCCACCUAGUCAGUCUAAUCCAUCCCAUCCCUGCGUCUGGCGCUAUCCGACCAACUACCCUCGAACUGGCGGAGUCCAGGGGAGGCAGGGAAGUGGUACUCAGGGACAGCCCGGAGGGCUCAAAAAUCAGAUUUGGAAAAGAGAUUAGCAAACCAGAUGGAGUAGGCGGGACUCAGGAGCGCACUGUCCAAGCUCACCUCACAGCCUAAACCCACGGAGCCCUCUAGCCCCAAAAAGAUAGGUCUGGGGACUCCCACUCAGACUAGGGAAGUUUGGAAGCUCCCACCAGAGCUUCUGGAUCCUGGGUUCCUGAGGUCCUGAGCACAGGGCAAGUCAUGAAAGGCCCUCCCUUCUCCUACUCCCUCACACUUGCCCCCAGUGGGGCUUCCCAGCUCUCUACUUAACGUCUUCUAUGGUCUCAGUCUCGGUUCCGGAUGGGCCCCCCACCCCCAACACCCGCCCCCCAGGCUUCUCCAUCUGCUUUGCUGUGUGCUUGGCUCCUGCAGCCUGCUGAUUCAGCGCCCCCCACUCCCCAAUACAUUCCUGGCUCCAGGCUCUGGGGUUCAGCUAUCAUUCUUACACCCCAAUUCUCCAUCACAUUCACUAAUUCCUGAGCCAGGUCAGGCAGCUGGGGCUCAAACAGAGAGUGCAGAAUGGAUGGUGGCUUUGACGGCCUCCCAGUCCAGGUGGGGCCCAGUGCCAGGAGCCAGACAGCCAGCGUGGGUACCUGGCUGGUGAGUGAGCCUGGCAGAGGUAGAGGUGGGGCUGAGGCUGGCCUAGAGCUAGGCCUGCAGUCCUCCUUUGGGCCUCCUCAACCCCGCCCCUUACCCCAGGCUGCUCAGGACACACUCCAGAGGGCACAAUGCCCACACAGGGCCGCAGUUACCAACCUCAGGCUCACCCAUGCUGAUUCUCCAAUGCAUUCAUAUCAUGCUGCUAGGAGUGGGCCCUUGCAGGGCACUGACACACAGGUGACGCACUGAUUCCUGGUCAUAAACAGCUCCUGCCUGCCCCCCGAACACACACACAUGCAGGAUUCCUGGGAUUUCUAAUACCCACCCUUUGGUUGCAGGCAUUUGGGAAAGGAGGGGUGACCCCAUGCCCCUUUACCCCACGCUCCUCUGAGAGGUGCUCUCUUGCAGACAGUAACUUCGUGCUGGGCAACGCCCAGGUGGCAGGGCUCUUCCCCGUGGUCUACUGCUCUGAUGGCUUCUGUGACCUCACGGGUUUCUCCCGGGCUGAGGUCAUGCAGCGGGGCUGCGCCUGCUCCUUCCUCUAUGGGCCAGACACCAGUGAGCUCGUCCGCCAGCAGAUCCGCAAGGCCCUGGAUGAGCACAAGGAGUUCAAGGCAGAGCUGAUCCUGUACCGGAAGAGCGGGCUCCCAUUCUGGUGUCUUCUGGAUGUGAUACCCAUAAAGAACGAGAAAGGGGAGGUGGCCCUCUUCCUGGUCUCUCACAAGGACAUCAGUGACACCAAGAACCGAGGGGGCCCCGACAACUGGAAGGAGAGAGGCGGUGGCCGGCGCCGAUAUGGCCGGGCAGGAGCCAAAGGCUUCAAUGCCAACCGGCGGCGGAGCCGGGCUGUGCUCUACCACCUGUCUGGGCACCUGCAGAAGCAGCCCAAGGGCAAGCACAAGCUCAAUAAGGGGGUGUUUGGGGAGAAGCCAAACUUGCCCGAGUAUAAAGUAGCCGCCAUCCGGAAGUCACCCUUCAUCCUGCUGCACUGUGGGGCGCUGAGGGCCACUUGGGACGGCUUCAUCCUGCUCGCCACUCUCUACGUGGCCGUCACCGUGCCCUACAGCGUGUGCGUGAGCACAGCCCGGGAGCCCAGCGCCGCCCGCGGUCCCCCCAGCGUCUGUGACCUGGCCGUGGAGGUCCUCUUCAUUCUCGACAUUGUGCUGAAUUUCCGCACCACGUUCGUGUCCAAGUCAGGCCAGGUGGUGUUUGCCCCAAAGUCCAUUUGCCUCCACUACGUUACCACCUGGUUCCUGCUGGAUGUCAUCGCGGCGCUGCCCUUCGACCUGCUCCAUGCCUUCAAGGUCAACGUGUACUUUGGGGCCCACCUGCUGAAGACGGUGCGGCUGCUGCGGCUGCUGCGCCUGCUCCCGCGGCUGGACCGCUACUCGCAGUACAGCGCCGUGGUGCUGACGCUGCUCAUGGCCGUGUUCGCCCUGCUCGCCCACUGGGUGGCCUGCGUGUGGUUCUACAUCGGCCAGCGGGAGAUCGAGAGCAGCGCGUCUGAGCUGCCCGAGAUCGGCUGGCUGCAGGAGCUGGCCCGCCGACUGGAGACCCCAUACUACCUGGUGGGCCGGAGCCCAGCUGUGGGGAACAGCUCUGGCCAGAGUGACAACUGUAGCAGCGGCAGCAGCGAGGCCAACAGGACGGGACUGGAGCUCCUGGGCGGCCCGUCCCUGCGCAGCGCCUACAUCACCUCCCUCUACUUCGCACUCAGCAGCCUCACCAGCGUGGGCUUCGGCAACGUGUCCGCCAACACGGACACGGAGAAGAUCUUCUCCAUCUGCACCAUGCUCAUCGGCGCACUGAUGCACGCGGUGGUAUUUGGGAACGUGACGGCCAUCAUCCAGCGCAUGUACGCCCGCCGCUUUCUGUAUCAUAGCCGCACCCGCGACCUGCGCGACUACAUUCGCAUCCACCGCAUCCCCAAGCCCCUCAAGCAGCGCAUGCUCGAGUACUUCCAGGCGACCUGGGCCGUGAACAACGGCAUUGACACCACUGAGCUGCUGCAGAGCCUCCCAGACGAGCUUCGCGCAGACAUUGCCAUGCACCUGCACAAGGAGGUCCUGCAGCUGCCCCUGUUUGAGGCGGCGAGCCGCGGCUGCCUGCGGGCGCUGUCCCUGGCCCUGCGGCCUGCCUUCUGCACGCCCGGCGAGUACCUCAUCCACCAAGGUGAUGCCCUCCAGGCCCUCUACUUCGUCUGCUCCGGCUCCAUGGAGGUGCUCAAGGGCGGCACAGUGCUUGCCAUCCUAGGGAAGGGUGAUCUGAUCGGCUGUGAGCUGCCCCGGCGUGAGCAGGUGGUCAAGGCCAAUGCCGAUGUCAAGGGGCUGACGUACUGCGUCCUGCAGUGUCUGCAGCUGGCCGGGCUGCAUGAGAGCCUCGCGCUGUACCCUGAGUUUGCCCCACGCUUCAGCCGGGGACUCCGGGGGGAGCUCAGCUACAACCUGGGUGCUGGUGGAGGCACUGCGGAGGCAGACACCAGCUCCCUGAGUGGCGACAACACCCUCAUGUCCACACUGGAGGAGAAGGAGACAGACGGGGAGCAGGGCCCCACAGUCUCACCAGCCCCAGCUGAUGAGCCCUCCAGCCCCCUGCUGUCCCCCGGCUGCACCUCCUCAUCCUCAGCCGCCAAGCUGCUAUCCCCACGUCGAACCGCGCCCCGGCCCCGUCUGGGCGGCAGAGGGCGGCUAGGCAGGGCAGGGGCUUCACAGGCUGAGGCUGGCCCCUCUGCUCACCCUCGGAGCUUAGAGGGGCUGCGGCUGCCCCCUGUGCCAUGGAAUGUGCCCCCGGAUCUGAGCCCCAGGGUAGUCGAUGGCAUUGAGGACGGCUGUGGGUCUGACCAGCCCAAGUUCUCUUUCCGCGUCCAGUCUGGCCCAGAAUGUAGCAGUAGCCCCUCCCCAGGACCAGAGAACGGCCUGCUCACUGUCCCGCUCGGGCCCAGCGAGGCAAGAAACAUGGACACGCUGGACAAGCUUCAGCAGGCGGUGAUGGAGCUCUCUGAGCAGGUGCUGCAGAUGCGCGAGGGACUGCAGUCACUUCGCCAGGCUGUGCAGCUUGUCCUGGCGCCCCAUGGGGAGGGCCCGUGCCCUCGGGUGUCCGGAGAGGGGCCACGCCCAGCCAGCACCUCUGGGCUUCUGCAGCCCCUGUGUGUGGACACUGGGGCGUCCUCCUACUGCCUGCAGCCCCCAGCUGGUUCUGUCUUGAGUGGGACCUGGCCCCACCCUCGUCCAGGGCCCCCUCCCCUCAUGGCACCCUGGCCCUGGGGUCCCCCAGCAUCUCAGAGCUCCCCAUGGCCUCGAGCCACAGCUUUCUGGACCUCCACCUCAGACUCAGAGCCCCCUGGCUCAGGAGAACUCUGCCCUGAGCCCAGCACCCCUGGGUCGCCGCCUCCUGAAGAAGGGGCUAGGACUGGGCCCCCGGAGCCCGUGAACCAGGCUGAGGCUGCUAGCACUGGUGAGCCCCCGCCAGGGUCAGGGGGCCUGGCCCUGCCCUGGGAACCCCAUAGCCUGGAGAUGGUGCUUAUUGGCUGCCAUGGCUCUGGCACAGUCCAGUGGACCCAGGAAGAAGGCACAGGGGUCUGACUGCCAGCCCCAGAACUCAGUGUUGCCAGACAUGCUGCCAUCUGUGGCUCUGCCCAACCGUGGGGUGGAGGAAGGGCAGCAGCCACCCCCUGGGACUUCGUGCUGCCCGCUGGCUCAGGGCAGGGAGCCCAAGAGCCAAGGAGGGCCUGGCCCCCGACUCACAGAGGGUGAGCUGGAGCCUCAGGGGCGGGCCCCGGGCUAGGAGUCUUCGGCCCCUGCUCCUGGGGCCCCUCCUCAGCUUGCUCCUCUGACCUCCUCAUCUCCCUCUGCAGGCUGGGGGACAGGUCUGAGUCUAGAGAAGGGUUCUGCCAUCCCCUGCAUGUGCCCCUGUCUCACCUGUCCCUCCAUUUUUUAUAUUAAAAAGUAAUAAUAAAAGAAACUACUUUG